AUGAACUGUCGCGAACCCCCCCCUGCUGAUCCAGCCAAGUGUCUGUUGAACAACACAGCCGAUGCAGGAAAAACGCAAGUGAUCGGUGCCUCCUGGUCGCUAGGAUCUAUGCUGUACUUGGACGGGGAGAAGAUCGUGGACAACAACGGGUGUCACCCCGAACAAAUGAGGUUCUCUGUGCCCAAGGUCUGGGCAGCAGGUGCCCACAAGCUGGUGGUGGACUUUUGCGAGGUGGGAGGUGGCGAGGCCUUCAGGCUGCGAUAUCAAGGGCCGGACAGCGGCGGUGGCAACAGACCAAUCCCCACGUGGGCCCUCAAGCGCGACGCUAAGCCGUUCACGGCGGACGGCUUGGAGUGCGACUACUUCUACAACCAGGCGGAGUGCAACAUCCCAGACCUCGCUGCGUUGACACCGGCCCACAGCGUGGUUUUGCCAAAGAUUCACAUGGACAACGGACAGUAUCGCAGCCUAGGCGUACGAGAAGGGGACCAGUUUUGCAUGAGGUGCACAGGUCACUUGGUCACCAAGACAGCUGGCGACUAUCAGUUCUUCCUAAGCUCAGACGACGGCUCGCUCAUGUACCUGAACGGGGAGAAAGUCGUGGACAACAAUGGCUGCCAUGGCGAACAAGAGAGGGGAAGUGCGCACAAGUACCUCCUGUCCGGUUCCCACAAGCUGGUGGUGGACAUGUGCGAAGUGGGCGGUGGUGAGGUCUUCAAGAUGCGAUAUCAAGGGCCGGACACCGGCAAUCACAAGAUUACGGUGCCCAAGUCCGCCCUCCAACAUGAUGUCAAGCACUUGUCGGACGGCUUGAAGUGCGACUACUUCUACAACCAGGCGCAGUGCAACAUCCCAAACCUCGAAGCGAUGACACCUGCCCACAGCGGGGUUGUGCCGGAGAUCUUCCUGAACCACGGCCAGUUUUCCCAAGCCGGUGUGCGACAAGGGGACAACUUUUGCAUGAGGUGCAGUGGCAUAUUGGUCACAGAGAAAGCUGGCGACUAUGUGUUCUACCUAAGCUCAGACGACGGGUCCCUCCUGUACCUGGACGGCGAGAAGGUCGUGGACAACAAUGGCUGCCAUGGCGAGCAAGAGAAGGGAAGUCAGCUCUUGUACCUCUCUGCCGGUUUCCACAAGCUGACGGCGGAAAUGUGCGAGAUGGGAGGUCACGAGGUCUUCAAGAUGCAAUACUGGGGGCCGGACACCGGCCAUUCCAAGAUCACAGUGAAGUCCGCCCUCAAGUACUCCGGGAAGGAGGAAGAGCUGGCAGAUGAUCCUGUCGACCCGUCUUCCGACCCCGAGACCGAGGGAGAUGAGGGCCCGCAGCCUGCGGCCAAGUCUUCCAUGGUGGCUUGGUUCAAGAGCGAAGAUGCGGAUGCAGAAUGGCCGAGCGCAGUGGGCAGUUGGAAGAGUCGCGUGACGAAAGGCAGCGUCACCAGAAAGGUCGAAGCCGGGAAUGGGGCUGCAAUCCCUGUGGUGUACCUCGCGGGCAAUACCCACACCGGAAUUGACUUCGGCAAGAUCAUGAAGCCAGACUUCACGAUUUGUUCGAUCACCCGCUAUGUCCAGGGCGGCAAGCAGGAGCGCAUUCUCACCUCAGCUGUUUCUCCCAACGUCCUCCAUGGCCAUCAUCACCAUCGCACAGGUGUUGCUCAUUACAGUACGUGGGUCACAGACUGGAACAAACCAAGCAAUACCGACUGGCUUGUGAUGUGCGGCAACAACAAGGGCGUUGUUUACGCGGGCGAAGACAAGAAAAACAUCGCCAGCGCCCACGGUAAUCUCGCCAACGCAGACUUCAACUUGUACAUCAACGACGGGGGCUUCAAUGAACUCUCUGACUUCGGAGUCAUGGAGGUCAUCACGUGGGACCGUGCUCUCUCGGCAGACGAGAUGUGGACUACCAUGGAGUACCUGAACUGGAAAAAGGCCAGGCCCGCGGACGGCCAGCAGGGAGAUGUGGGCCUGCAGCCUGCGGCCAAGUCUUCCAUGGUGGCUUGGUUCAAGAGCGAAGAUGCGGAUGCACAGUGGCCGAGCGCAGUGGGCAGCUGGAUGGGUCAAGUGACGCAAGGCAGCGUCGCCAGAAAAGUCGAAGCAGGGAAUGGGGCUGCGAAACCUGUGGCGUACCUCGUGGGCAAUACCCACACCGGAAUUGACUUCGGCAAGAUCAUGAAGCCCGCCUUUACGAUCUGUUCGGUCACCCGCUAUGUCCAGGGAGGCCAGCACCAACGCAUUCUGACAAACAACAACCCCAAUUUCCUCCAUGGUCACUGGCAUCAAAAAGCGGGUCUUGCAUAUUACAAUGCUUGGGUCACGGACCACCAGGGUUCGGGCGAUACGGAUUGGCUUGUGAUGUGUGGCAACAGCCAGGGGGUUGUCUUCGCGGGCGAAGAGAGGAAAAAUAUCGGUACCAGGAAGGCUGCGGUCCACCAGGAGUUCCACUUGUACAUCAACAAGAAUGAAGUCUCUGACUUCGGUGUCAUGGAGGUCAUCGUGUGGGACCGUGCUCUCUCACAGGACGAGAUGUGGAAGAGCAUGGAGUACUUGAUCUGGAAAAAGGGGAGCGUGGGCCCGCAGCCCGCGGCCAAGUCUUCCAUGGUGGCUUGGUUCAAGAGCGAAGAUGCGGAUGCACAGUGGCCGAGCGCAGUGAACAGCUUUACCGGUCGGGUGACGAGAGGCAGCAUCACCAGAAAGGUCGAAGCAGGGAAUGGGGCUGCGAAGCCUGUGGUGUACCUUGCGGGCAAUACCCAGACCUCAAUUGACUUCGGCAAGAUCAUGAAGCCCGCCUUUACGAUCUGUUCGGUCACCCGCUAUGUCCAGGGAGGCCAGCAACAUCGCAUUCUGACAAGCAAUGGUCAGCCAAAUUUCCUCCAUGGCCACUGGCAUCAACGCACGCCUCUCGCUUAUUACAAUAAUUGGGUCACACCCCACGUAGGUCCGGCCUUGACAGAUUGGCUUGUGAUGUGUGGCAACAGCCAGGGGGUUGUCUUCGCGGGCACGGAGAGGAAAAAUAUCGGUGAGAGGAAGGCUGCGGUCCACCAGGAGUUCCACUUGUACAUCAACGAGGGCUUCACGUCAGAAUUAUCUGACUUCGGUGUCAUGGAGGUCAUCGUGUGGGACCGCGCUCUCUCAGAGGACGAGAUGUGGAAGAGCAUGGAGUACUUGAGUGGGAAGCUCCAAGGCUCUUCGUGA